AUGCCGGACAAUAUUGAACUCACAACCACCAAGGGUGGAAAUAAUAUUUCCACUGUAUUCGCCGAUGAAGGGCUUGCCAAAGGUCAUGUCGCUCAAAAGUAUAUCGGCACUAUGGCCGACCAAAGGGAUAUGCAGGCUUUGGGAAAGGAACAAGUUCUCAGGAGAAAUUUUCGGUUCAUUUCAAUCGUCGCCUUUGGAUGUACUCUAAUUGCUUCAUGGGAGGUCAUGUUGACCAUGAUGAGCUCGCCUCUGGUUGAUGGUGGCACUGCUGGCUUCAUCUGGGGAUUUGUCGUGGUUUCGGUUGGUGUGUUGCUUCUGUUCGCCAGUUUGGCGGAGAUGGCUUCCAUGGCACCCACUGCUGGUGGCCAGUAUCACUGGGUAUCAUAG